AUGCUUAACAUAGGCAAUCAAUCAGUCGGCAAGUACAACCACUUGUCUUCGUGUCCGUUCUGCGAUACCGGGGAUCAUUCUGUCUACGAACAGUACCAUGGAAUUGUUUUGUCAACAGACGAAGGAGAUCGGGCUGCCAGACUGCUGGAGAACAAGAAAGCAGGCUUGAUGAAGCACCACGGUCCUCUUACAGUGGGGCAGACCGCUGAAGAGACAGACUUCUGCUAUGCAAGCUUGGAAAAGCGUUACUAUAACUAG